AUGAAUCGUAAAAAACGAUCACGUAAUGCAUUAGUGUUACAGCUUUUAGGAGCUGAAUUUGAAGAUAACGAAGCUUCUUCAAGUAAAGAAGAAGACAAUAUAAUUUUACAAACUGUUUUAAUACAAAGGUUAAACACACGAUAUUUAAAAUUCCGGAUAUAUCAUGUAGCAAAAUCAAAAGACUGGUGGCAAAAUACCCUUCCACUUUAUGAUCCCAUUCGAUUCAAAAAACUUUUGCGAAUGUUUUCACAUUAUUUUCAACAAUUAGCUGACCUUAUACGCCCACAUUCU